UUUCCUGGAUUCCAAUUCUCUCUCCUCAUCUCAGUUACUACAAGUUCGGUUAGAAAGGGAAAUCCAUCGUAGAAUUCAUAGAUCACAUCGAGGUAACGAUCAAGAAAGAACCACAACCAGAACUGCUUCAAGGCAGUAAAUCACUGGAGAUUUUUGUCAAGCUUGUGAAAUGGAAGAUAUUGACACUAUAGGUAAGAAAUGGGGGGACCUGGACAUCGACAUUCUGGUGAAAAUAUUCCAGUCUUUUGACAUCUUUGAGUUGACUUCUGGCAUUGCUCAAGUUUGUAGCACAUGGCGUUUGGCUUGCUGUGAUCCGCUGCUGUGGAAAACCCUUGACUUAACAAUGUUGAGAUCAAACUUCAUUAAGAUCCCAUUAGAGCCAUAUGUUUAUGUGGAUGGUCGGUCUGAUAAAACAUUAACCCGGGUGUUAAAGAUUGCUUUAAAUCUUAGCAGGGGGAACAUACUUACCUUGAUCUUACAUUUCAAUCUCUACAUCAACGACGAUCAGUUGACUUACACUGCUGAAAGGUGCCCGCGUCUCAAACGACUUGUUAUGCCAGCUUGGAACCGAAUAAAGAAGACUGGAAUAUGCAAGGCUAUCCGCGUGUGGGAAGAUCUUGAGUCUUUAACAAUGCCCAGCAUAGCAAAUCCUCCAUAUCUCAUGGAAGAAAUUUCAAAGAACUGCAAGAAAUUUUCUGAACUUAAGAUCAUGGGCCCUUGUGACAUUUUAUUUGCAUCUACACUAACUGCGUUCUUGCCGAACUUGAAGGUUUUAAGCCUCCGGUGCUCAAUGCUCUUGAAAGAUGCUCUAAUAAUAAUCUUAGAUGGCUUACAACACUUAGAGGUGCUCAACAUAUCACAUUGUCUUCUUAUUGAAGUCCCUCCACCUCCUGCACCCAAAAAAGUUUUCAAGGAGCUUGAUGAAUCUAUUCUUAGGAGGGCUUCUCGCUUACGUCAGUUUUUAACUUGCAAUGAUGACUCGUGCAUGGCAUGCCAACGUACUAGAAAUGACGAAGGGCUCUUGAGGUGGUACAGAUAUGGAGAGUUAUUUUGGAAAGCAGAUGAGGUGAGAUCUCUUGCACUUUGACUGUUGCAUCAUGAGAGAGUACUAGUGGAGUAAAUUACAUUUUACCGAUUGGAAUGUAUAACUCAUGCACAAGAAACAGAAUAAAACUUUAUCGAAUUGUAAACAUAGUUGUUUCUCUAUAUAUUUAUUUUCCAGGUGAAUAUAGUUGGUUCUGUAUUCCUUGUUAAACUUUAUCCAUGGAGUCAUGGACUGGCAGCUGCUUCUUAGGGGAGAGCUGUUAUGCCUGUAUUGUUGUUGUACAUAGUGAAUUCUCCUUUCCCUGUUGUUACCAGAAAAGUCUGAAUUUCUUUUUGGUGUGUGGUGGUUUGGGAAGGCGCAACUUUUUAUGGAUAAACAAAUAAGAGGCACGAUUACUGGCAUCCGCAAGGAUCUUAAA